GCCAAGCUUUUGUUUCUUUAUUUAAAGAAAUCAUCCAAAAUCAGUGAAUCCAAACUUUUUCCACUCUUAGUAACAUCUGAAUUUUCUGUUGUUUUCCAGGGGCCACUGGGUUUGGAUGGCAAGCCGGGAUUGCCGGGUCCCAAAGGUGAAAAGGGAGAACCAGGUGACUUCGGCCCACGGGGAGAUCGAGGUCAAGAUGGAGCUGCUGGUCCACCUGGGCCCCCAGGUCCCCCUGGAGCCAGAGGGCCCCCUGGCGAUACAGGAAAGGAUGGUCCUCGAGGACCACAAGGGCUGGAUGGUCUAAAAGGAGAGCCAGGACCAGGAGGUGUGAUGGGCCCAAAAGGACCACCAGGGCUCAAGGGUGAACCUGGUAUGCCGGGAAGAAAGGGAGAUGAUGGCUUGCCAGGACAACCAGGACUCCAAGGAUCUGUUGGGCCAAAGGGAGAAGAAGGAAGCCCGGGGCCUCAGGGAAAGAAUGGAACUGAUGGAUCACCAGGAACCAAGGGGGAGCCUGGUGAGAGAGGAUCUGACGGCUUCCUUGGACCCAGGGGUCCACCUGGCCUGAAAGGUGAGCAAGGAGACACAGUGGUGAUUGACUAUGAUGGCAGAAUUCUGGAUGCUCUUAAGGGUCCUCCAGGACCUCAAGGCCCACCUGGUCCUCCAGGAAACCCUGGAGCAAAGGGAGAACUUGGAUUACCCGGUCCUCCUGGCGUUGAUGGAGAAAAGGGGCCAAAGGGCUCUAAAGGAGACCAGGGACAGCCGGGACUGAUGGGACCGAAAGGAGAAAUUGGAGAAAUGGGCUUAUCUGGCCCCCCGGGUGUUGAUGGUCCCAAAGGUGAGAAGGGAGAAUCGGGAUCUGCAAGUCUUCAGGAGAGCCUGGCCCAGAUUCUGGCAGAACCAGGGCCACCUGGCUUACCUGGCCCCCCAGGUCCUAUGGGUCUUCAGGGGAUCCAAGGUCCCAAGGGAUUGGAUGGUGCAAAGGGGGAGAAGGGUGCCGCCGGAGAGAAAGGCUCCAAUGGGCUGCUCGGACCAGCUGGCCCACCUGGCCUAAUUGGAUUACCUGGAACAAAAGGAGAAAAGGGCAGACCUGGUGAGCCAGGAUUGGAUGGCUUCCCAGGACCCCGAGGAGAGAAGGGAGAGAGGAGCAAGCAAGGAGAGAAGGGGGAUCGAGGGGUUCCUGGCCGAAAAGGAGCGAAGGGGCAGAAGGGAGAGCCUGGGCCCCCUGGAUUGGAUCAGCCGUGUCCAGUGGGAGCUGAUGGACUACCUGUGGCAGGCUGCUGGCACAAGUGAUUCCUGCCCUUCCCACCUGAAGCUUGUACAUAUUCAUGUGACAUACUUUGCUCUCCUUAUUUUUUGUAAAAAACAAAAAACAAAACAAACAAACAGUAAUAUAUUGAUUUUUAUUUUUUUGCUGGAUGUUGCCAUUUAUGGAUUAAAAGAAUUUUUUUGUUUCCCGAAUGGCUGAGAAGUGACUUUCAUACUCUUGGCUCAGAGUGGCCUGAGCUUGGACUGGCAUGGAAUCUCAGCCUCUUCCUCAGUUAAAGGACUCCAGCUAAGGAGAAGAGAUGGACCUUUGGGCUAUCUUUGUGGAAGGAAAGACUCCUGGGAACUAUAACCUGCUUCUCCAUAAAGCAAAGGAAAGCAAUCCAAGUAUGGGGGUCAGAAGUACUUAAACUGGGAGACCACAGAAACAGCUGGGUCUGGGCACAUUUGUUCACCUUCCAUUGGAAAAAAGAAGAAGAAAGUAAGACUUCUAACUACCCCUCCCCAAAUCCAACCCAGGCUUCAUCCUUUGUGUGCCUUCGCCCCAAAGCCAAAUGCAGAGAAUAUGGCACCAGAGACAUCCGCAUCUUUUAAGAUGGCUCCUGGAGAUGCUGGGAUUGGUGUCAGAGCGGAAUAAUCUGCAAGCACUCAACCUUGGGGCUGCUCUUUCUGAUCCUACCUUCCCUGAAGUGCUGGGAGACAACAAGGCAACUGCCCCUCCAUUCUCUGGGUGCCCUUGUUGCCUUCUUCCUCCACUCCCCCCUCCUCCGAGUCGCAUCCUCUCCAGCUCCCCUGCGUUGUUAUGGCUUCCCGGAGCCCUCGAUUGCCUGGGAAAGGAUGACGUGCUGGCUUAGGACUGAAGUUUGCUGACCAUUGUUUCCCCUGCCUUCCUUCAGCAGCAAAGCUUGGGCCCCAGACAUUGUCCAUUCUCCCCUCUCUGCAGGGAGUUCUGGCGCAAAGCCAUCCAUCAAUCACCAAACAUUUAUUAAGUUCCUUUUCAGUACCAUCCACUGUGUUGGGUGCUGGGUCUGCCCCCAAAGAUUUAUUUCAUCCAGCCGUGCGAAGAGCCUGGCAGCUGCCUGGAACCUUCCCUAGCCUCUCACAAUUCCAGCUUGAAUUGGGGUCAGAGUACAUUUCCAUUUGGGGGGCACACUAGACAUCAGGAGUGCAAGCGGGAAAUGAGGAGGGAACUAACUCCUGUAUGGAAAAUUCAUGCUCUAUUGUGUGUACUGUACAGAGGGUUUCUUUACUUAGGACCACUGAAAAUCCAGUGGCUCAUGGUUGCAGGUGAGAAUACCAUGCUCCUUUGCAGAUGUUUAAGUUUGGGGUGCAAUUUGAUGUACAUCAGGGUUCUGUGAACCACCAGGGCCCCAUAGUCACGGAUCUAAGCAUUCUCAGAAGAAUAAGAAAGGAGAGCUUGACUAUUGCUGACCCAGAGUCAUUCUGGCCCGGCCUUUUGGAGUACUCUGAGCCGGAGUGCUUAAAUCACUCGCUGCAAAGCCCAGUGCACAGGGGACAUCCGAAAGAAUAUACACACAACGCAGAAGCACAUAAACACAAGCAUAAGGUGGCACAGGUAGCCAAGCUCCUCGGAGCUUACAAUUCUACCACAGUGAUACUUUCCCAGCCUCUGUUGCUCCUCCUCUUGGCAACAAUCUCAGUUAAGGGUGAGGAUUAAAAAACAAACCGAAAGAAACAAACACAAAAAGCCCAACCCAUCAUUACAGGGGCCUGGGCUUCCAUGCUUCUACAAGCUGGCUGGAGUCGGUCUCACAAUAGGAAUGAAGUUGAUGCCUUUCUAAGGCUCUUGCCAUUAGCUACUGCUUUCCUUCCCUGAAAGGUCAGCUGCCUUGCCUCCCCGAUUACACUAACAUGUUCUUCCAGCCUGAAGUCCUGGCCUUUCUGUACGUCCCUCAGGACCAUGAAUCUGUACUGGCUAAGCAUUUCUCCUGAUGACUCUUACGGUUUUUCAGAACUAAAAGAAUAGAUUCUGCAACCAAAAUUAGAAGGGGCUUGAGUCAUGGAGGGUUUUUAUUUAGAAGAGGAAAAUAAGGGGUCCCUCAUCUAACAAAAGUACACAGCUACUGGCUUCAUUUACUACUAAUUGUUUUCCUUUUCUUUUGUAAAUUAAAGUCUAAGGAUGUAAUAAACUAUAAUGGUA